GCCAAGCAGCAUAGAUGGUUCUUCCUCUCUUCAUCAUCGGCACGGUGGGCACAGGUGCAGCCACGGGCUACGGCAUGUACCAACUCGGUACGGCAUUGGCGCUGCCUUCUUCGGUGAGCGAGGCCCCGCGCAAGAGCGCGAGCAGCCUCGCAACGGGCGGUAUCACAGCCGUCGCAGCGUACUCUGUUCAAGGGCGAGUUCUCAAUCGCUAUCUAUCACAUUUGCUCACGUACGAGGUCCCAAAGAACGUGACAAAGUGGAGUUUCCGUGAUUUUUUUAGCAUCGCGGGGCCACUUAUUGCACCGCGUGUGGCCAUGUUCUCGACUUCAGUAGCGCUCAUGGGCUUUGUGUCGACUAAGAUGGAUCUAUCUAGGGAUCAAAAGUAAAUCAAACAAUCUGGCUUAGAUAGUUGAUGAUCCUUUGUGUAGGAGCUUAAUCGAAUAAAAGUGGCGUGUUUCCUUACGAU